AUGGACCCCAACACUCUCUCCAUGGAACAGGGGAAGCAGUUCUUAAAGCAGUGUGGGAUCCCACAAAGAGAUAUUGACUUGAUGACAGAGAAGUGGGUUGUUCUUGCCUCUGUGGAGGUUCUUCUGCGAUUUCCUCUGAAGCCAGGAGAGGAUCCGACCGCCCGCUGUGUCUCCAGUGAAAAAUGCCAGGCUUCAGUGGACCGGCCCCCCACAAUUUCACAGAGACCUGGAUACCAAGAGGAGAGGAAAUCCAACCAUCAUUUAAUGAAGAAGACUUAUCAGAAGCUCAAGGACCUGCCACAGUUGGCCGCUCAUUCCGUCCAUCAUCAGGCUCAGAGGCCCCCCAGAGCCAAGAACCCACAGGAGCAGCAGAGGAGACCCAUGGGGCAGAGGACUCCCCCAGCAGAGGAGGAGGAAUCCAGGGUGAAAUGCAAGAACUGCGGGGCCUUUGGGCACUCAGCCAGGAGCAAGACCUGCCCCAUUAAGAGGUGGAGUGGGGCCCUUCAUCUGCAGCCCCUGGGCUCACACAAGGAGAAGGAGAACCUGAAACCAGCAAAGGCCCAGCUACCCCAGGCUCCAGGGCCCUUUACGAGGAAUGACAGAGAAAAGGAGCAAAGUCCAAGUCCCCAGCAGCAGCAGAGCAAAUCUCCGACGCAGACAUUUCCCAGGACUCCCCAAGAGAAAACGCAGGAAGCCUGGAAGGAGCCAGCGGAAGCCUGUUCAUUCCUGACGCAUCCUACCAUGCCACUGCCUGUCCACACCACCAAGAAGAGAUCUGUCCUGGGCCCUGUGUCCGCAGGUCCACCGCCUGUCAACAUACCCGGGAUGAGAUUACUCUGCCCUCCGGGUCACAACGAUCAACCUCGACUGAGCACCUGUGGACCCACCAACGGACAUGGCGGGGACGUUACUGCCGCCCUGCUCCCUGUUCUGCAGAGCUCCCGCCAGACCCCCACUCUCAGUGCCAGGCCGUCAGCCAACAGGCCUGACGCGUCCUCCCAUGGUGCUCUCCAGCCUGCCAUGCAGGCAUUUGCCCUGGGCCCUGGCCUUAAAUCCCAGGCAGAAAUGAAACAUCCCAAUGCAGAUGUAAAGCCCAGACCACAGCAAGUCAGACAAAAGUGUGGCCAGGACUCCAGAACCCAGGCACCAGGCAAGGAGCCUGCGCCCGUCCCCACCCAGACUUUCCAGAACCCCGCAAAGAAAGCAAGACUCAGCUCCUUCCUGACCCCUGCAGUGAGAACCCAGCUCCCGGAUGUGGGCGCUGUGCAGACACUCCAGCCUCCCUGCAUUGCAACUGGACUUGGAUCCAAACAGGCACCCAAGGCAACCACAGAGACAGCAGCCACCAAGACAGCAACCCUGCAGCCCAGAGUCAACCUCCAGCCCCCACCCAGCUCACCUUUCCUGGGCCCAGCCCAGGGCUGCCCCGUCCUCCAGCCUGGACCACCCAUUCAUGUUCCAGGGAGGUCCGGCAGUGUCACCUUCAUGAAAGGGGACGAGGGACAGAAGAGCCCCAGGUUCAGAAUGCCUCCCACAUCCCAUCCUUCUGAAAACUCUGCUUCCGCUCAGAGCCCUCACUUCUCUAGGGAGCCUGAGAGGUGUCGUCCCCAGGUCUCAAUGAGUGUCCUCUAUGAGGACCUUCUGGUCAGUUCCUCCUCUGAGGACAGUGACAGUGACUGA